AUGGAUUCCGCACAAGGAUUGCUGUCUGAUGUUAAUCAGUGGAAAUGGCGGAAAUCAUCCGCUAAUUCAGAGCCCGAUGUUACUUUUAUGUAUAGGGAAAGAUCUAGUAGUGACGUUUCUCCACAGUAUAACAAUGGUUCGCCAACACCCGUUCAACCGCAAAAUGAAAAAAAUAUUUUGGAACUUCCAAAUGAGAUAUCGGCCCCCUACGAAGUGCCUCAAUUUCCAAUUGAACAAAUAGAAACAAAAUUAGCCAUUCAAAGACAAUUGACCAGAAUUGCCGGUCAUGCAGAUGAAAAAAAAUGUCACGGAAUGUCAUCAUUUGGUAUGCCUGACGGAGAGGAUGAAUAUUCGAUGGAUGAUGAUGACAUCAUUCCAGAUUUUCAAAGAGUUUCAGUUUCUGGAGAAGAUACCACAGGGGUUUCUUAUGAAGAUCUUCAAUCUGCGUCAAAACUUCUCAUUGUUGCUCUUCAAAUGAGAGAAAAAUACAUGAGUGCAUUAGGACAAAAUUUUCCUUCGGUCAUGUCAAAAUUUUUAGAUUCCGUUGCUUCCAAAAAAAAUGUCGAAUUUAAACACGAAGAAAGGAAACCCAUAGAAGAGCAUCCCGUUCAUCCUCCUCCGACAAGUGAAAAUCCAUGGGAAUGUGAUGUUCCCAGUCCGAAAAAUUAUUUUUUCGAAAUGAAAUCCGGAGUUUUCAACGUGUUUAAAAAAAAGGGAGACAAAGAUAUUCUUUAUACGUUUCCCGAUUUGAACACUUUUGUGUCAGACACACAACAAAUGUGCACUAUGAUAGCAGAUGGUCCCCUAAAAUCAUUUUGCUAUCGUCGUUUAUGCUAUUUAUCAUCAAAAUAUCAACUUCACGUUUUAUUGAACGAGUUACGCGAGCUUGCUUCGCAAAAGCAGGUACCGCAUAGGGAUUUCUACAAUAUCCGGAAGGUAGACACUCACAUCCACGCGGCUUCUGCAAUGAAUCAAAAACACUUGUUGCGUUUUAUAAAAAAAACUCUCAAGCACAACGCCGACGAAGUUGUUACCAUAACCAACGGGAAACAAAUGACUCUUCGACAGGUUUUCGAAUCCAUGAACCUGACGGCUUAUGAUCUCACCGUAGAUAUGCUUGAUGUUCACGCGGAUCGAAACACUUUUCACAGAUUUGAUAAAUUCAAUGCCAAAUACAAUCCGAUCGGUGAAAGCAGACUCCGGGAAGUUUUUUUAAAAACUGACAAUUUUAUCAAUGGAAAAUAUUUUGCUGGUAUCUUGAAAGAAGUAGCGUCCGAUUUGGAGGAAAGCAAAUAUCAAAACGCCGAACUUAGACUCUCUAUUUAUGGAAAAAGUUACGACGAAUGGGAUAAACUUGCAAAAUGGGCCAUAACAUAUAAAGUUUAUUCGGACAACAUAAGAUGGCUCAUACAAAUUCCAAGAUUAUUCGACAUAUUUAAAUCGAAUAACAUGAUGAAUAAUUUUGAAGAAAUGUUACAAAACGUUUUCCUUCCUCUCUUCGAAGUCACAAACAAUCCAGACACGCAUCCGGAAUUGCAUAGAUUUUUACAAUACGUCAUCGGGUUUGAUUCGGUUGACGACGAAAGCAAACCUGAAAAUCCACUUUUCGACAAAGACGUUUUGCCACCGGAAAAAUGGUCCGAUUCCGAAAAUCCUCCCUACGCUUACUAUCUUUAUUACACGUAUGCGAAUUUGGUUGUUUUGAACGAAUUCAGGCGGGAACAGGGUUUAAACACUUUCGUAUUGAGACCUCAUUGCGGGGAAGCAGGUCCCGUGCAACAUCUCGUUUGCGGUUUCCUUCUUUGCAACAACAUUUCCCACGGUUUACUUUUACGUAAAGUUCCCGUACUCCAAUAUUUGUAUUACUUGGCUCAAAUCGGAAUCGCCAUGAGUCCGUUGAGCAACAAUUCUCUUUUUUUAAAUUACCAUAGGAAUCCACUUCCGGAAUACAUAGCGAGAGGUUUAUGCGUGAGCCUGUCGACGGACGAUCCUCUUCAAUUUCACUUCACUAAAGAACCUUUAAUGGAAGAGUAUAGCAUAGCGGCGCAAGUGUGGAAAUUGAGCGCUUGCGACAUGAGCGAACUCGCCAGGAACAGCGUUUUAAUGAGCGGUUUUCCUCACAAGAUAAAACAACAUUGGUUGGGACCCAAUUACACGAAAGAAGGAGUCGCCGGAAACGACAUAAGUCGGACAAACGUGCCAAACAUAAGAGUCGCGUACAGGUUCGAAACUCUUAUGGACGAACUCACGAAUAUAUUUAAAGUUUAA